UCGAAACAAAGAAAUAUGUCUUCUCAGUUUUCAAUGGCGGCAAUGGCAGCUCUCUUUCUGGCUUUGAUGUUUGCAGGAACAGACGCUCAGUUGAGCGCCACAUUUUAUUCUAGCACUUGUCCUAACGUGUCUACCAUCGUACGUAAUGUCAUCCAGCAAGAACUACGAUCUGAUGUUCGAAUAGCUGCCAGCCUUAUUCGUCUUCACUUCCACGAUUGCUUUGUCGACGGCUGCGAUGGAUCGAUUUUGCUAGACGACAGCGAUACCAUCCAGAGCGAGAAAACUGCCCGGCCCAAUGAUGACUCUGUUAGAGGCUUCCCAGUUGUCGAUGACAUCAAGACUGCUGUGGAGAAUGUUUGCCCUGGCGUCGUUUCCUGUGCAGAUAUUUUAGCAAUUGCAGCGGAGGCCUCUGUUUCUCUGUCUGGAGGCCCCAGUUGGGAUGUUCUACUUGGAAGAAGAGACAGCAGGACGGCAAACCGACAAGGAGCAAAUGAUUCUCUUCCAUCUCCCUUCGAAAGCUUAGACCGAAUUACAACCAAGUUCUCCAAUGUUGGCCUUGACACGACUGAUCUAGUCGCAUUAUCCGGAGCUCACACAUUCGGACGAGCCCAGUGCCGGACUUUCAGACAACGCCUGAACACCAGUAACCCCGACCCAAAUCUGGACGCCGACUACUUGGAAACUCUUCGUCAGACAUGCGGCGGCGCUGACAACACAUUAACCGAUAUGGACCCUUCAAGUCCGGAUGAUUUCGAUAACAACUACUUCACGAACCUUCAGAACAACCGUGGUCUUCUCCAAACUGAUCAGGAUCUGUUCUCAACUCCCGGGGCUAACACCGUUGCCAUUGUUAACCGCUUCGCAAGUAGCCAGAGCGACUUCUUUGAUAGCUUCGUUCAGUCCAUGAUAAAAAUGGGGAACAUAAGCCCAUUGACGGGGAGCAGUGGAGAAAUCCGUUCAGAUUGCAAGAGGGUUAAUUAAAAUUAAGUUGGAUCCCAGAUUCAUUAAGAUGAAAGAAAAUAAAGUGUAAUACCUAGUGGAAGUAUUGUUGUUAUUGUCUGUUUUGAUUCUUUUAUCCUGAGUUGAAAAAGCCCUGAAAUUUGAUUUGAUUUUACCAUUGAUGAUAAAUAUAUUAGAUUAGCCAGAAAUGAGAAAUCAA